AUGACCUCCCCUCAGGAUCCCCAUACCAAAAUCUACUCCCACAACAACGGCAGCGUCUCCGAGCUGCUCGAUCGCCUGGCUAUCUCAGAGCUCUGCAAGGGCUGGCCCGUCUACCGUGAUGCUUCUGAGUGGAAGAACUACCGCUCCCUCUUCACCGAGGACGCCAUUGUCUGGACCACCUGGAGCGGCCCCCAGCACGUAGACGACUUUAUCACGAUUUCCAAAACUGGUAAAUCCAAUGGCGUCUUCAUCAUGCACCGCGAAUGCGGCACGCUCGUCGAACUCAACUCCGCGGCCGGUCGCGCCAUCGGCAAAAUGAAGGCCACAAUCACCCAUCGCUUCAAGUUUACCCCCUCGGGUAGAGUCACAUCCGCCGUGACCCCUCCUGAUUCCGACUCCGAAGACAUCCCUGACGGAAACACUUCCGAAGCCCCCAUCGAAUUCGACGUCGACUGCGACUGCCGCUUCAUCUUCUUCUGCAUCAAAUCCCCCACCACGGGUAUCUGGCAAACCCGCUACGUGAAACUCUUCUACGAAAAGGACAAAGUCGUCCCCGUGGACGGACGUCGCGCGCCUGUGUUCACCCCAUCCGAGCUGGCGCGCUAUCCACAGGGGUAUCGCUACCUGGCCGCGGCGCAGGCUAGGCUGGGGUAUGAGAUUGAUGUGCACCUGCCUACGGCAGGGGGCAAGCUGUGGGAGAGAAUGUAUACAGAGAUGGAGAAAUGGUUGGAUGGGGAGGAGGUGGAUCUUUUUUGGGAAGGGAAGUAA